CCCGGCCAGGCCGCGAUGGCGACCAGGAAGGCGGGCUCGCGGCUGGAGACGGAGAUCGAGCGCUGCCGCUCCGAGUGCCAGUGGGAGCGGAUCCCCGAGCUCGUCAAGCAGCUGUCGGCCAAGCUCAUCGCCAACGAUGACAUGGCAGAGCUCCUCCUCGGGGAGUCGAAGCUGGAGCAGUACCUGAAGGAACACCCCCUACGGCAGGGGGCCAGUCCCCGAGGCCCCAGGCCCCAGCUGACCGAGGUCCGCAAGCAUCUGACCGCCGCCCUGGACCGGGGGAACCUGAAGUCAGAGUUCCUACAAGAAUCCAGUCUGAUCAUGGCCAAGUUGAAUUACGUGGAAGGAGAUUAUAAGGAGGCUCUCAACAUCUAUGCCCGGGGGGGCCUCGAUGAUCUGCCGCUGACCGCCGUCCCUCCGUACAGGCUGCGCCUGAUUGCGGAAGCCUACGCUACCAAAGGACUUUGUUUAGAGAAGUUGCCUGUUUCCUCUUCUACCAGUAACCUCCACGUGGACCGGGAACAGGAUGUCAUCACCUGCUAUGAGAAAGCAGGCGACAUUGCACUCCUGUACCUCCAAGAGAUAGAGAGGGUAAUACUUACCAAUAUUCAAAACAGAAGCCCUAAGCCUGGCCCUGCUCCCCACGAUCAAGAACUAGGUUUUUUCCUAGAAACAGGACUUCAGAGAGCCCAUGUCCUCUAUUUCAAAAAUGGGAACUUGACAAGAGGAGUCGGGAGAUUUAGAGAGAUCCUCAGAGCAGUAGAAACAAGAACAACUCAAAACCUGCGAAUGACAAUAGCCAGGCAGUUGGCGGAGAUCUUGUUGCGGGGUAUGUGUGAACAGAGCUACUGGAACCCCCUGGAGGAUCCACCCUGCCAGUCACCUCUGGACGAUCCUCUCCGGAAAGGAGCAAACACCAAAACCUACACCCUGCCUCGGAAAGCCCGCGUCUACUCAGGAGAGAACAUUUUUUGUCCUCAAGAAAAUACUGAAGAAGCCCUGUUGUUACUGCUGAUCAGUGAAUCAAUGGCCAACCGGGACGCUGUGCUGAGCCGGAUACCCGAGCACAAGAGUGACCGCCUCAUCAGCUUGCAGAGCGCAUCUGUGGUCUAUGAUUUGCUGACCAUUGCCCUUGGGAGGAGAGGCCAGUACGAGAUGCUGUCAGAGUGCCUGGAAAGAGCCAUGAAGUUUGCCUUUGAGGAGUUCCAGCUGUGGUACCAGUUUGCUCUGUCCCUCAUGGCCGCCGGAAAAUCUGCUCGUGCCGUGAAGGUGCUGAAAGAGUGUAUCCGUCUGAAGCCCGACGACGCCACCAUCCCACUCCUCGCCGCGAAGCUGUGCGUGGGCUCCCUUCACUGGUUGGAAGAGGCCGAGAAGUUUGCCAAAACCGUCGUUGAUGCGGGAGAGAAAACGUCAGAGUUCAAGGCCAAAGGCUACUUAGCUCUGGGGCUCACGUACAGUCUGCAGGCCACUGAUGCUUCUUUGCGAGGGAUGCAGGAGGUCCUACAGAGAAAGGCGCUUCUUGCAUUUCAGAGGGCCCACAGCCUGUCACCUACAGAUCACCAAGCAGCUUUCUACCUGGCUCUGCAGCUUGCCAUCUCCAGACAGAUACCAGAGGCUCUGGGGUACGUCCGCCAAGCUCUUCAACUUCAAGGCGAUGAUGCCAACUCCCUGCACCUUCUUGCCCUCUUACUGUCUGCACAAAAGCAUUACCACGAUGCUCUGAAUAUCAUUGACAUGGCCCUGAGUGAAUAUCCAGAAAAUUUUAUACUACUGUUUUCCAAAGUGAAGGUGGAGUCACUGUGCCGGGGCCCGGAUGAGGCGCUCCUCACCUGUAAGCACAUGUUGCAGAUAUGGAAAUCCUGCUACAACCUAACCAACCCCAGUGAUUCUGGACGUGGGAGCAGCCUCUUAGAUAGAACCAUUGCUGACAGACGACAGCUUAACACAAUUACUUUGCCAGACUUCAGCGAUCCCGAGACAGGCUCUGUCCACGCCACGUCAGUAGCAGCCUCAAGAGUGGAACAGGCACUGUCGGAAGUGGCCUCUUCUCUGCAGAGCAGCGCCCCCAAGCAGGGCCCACUACACCCCUGGAUGACGCUGGCGCAGAUCUGGCUCCAUGCAGCUGAAGUCUACAUUGGCAUUGGGAAGCCCGCAGAAGCCACGGCCUGUACUCAGGAAGCCGCCAACCUCUUCCCGAUGUCCCACAACGUCCUGUACAUGCGUGGCCAGGUUGCCGAGCUCCGGGGAAACCUCGACGAGGCCCGGCGGUGGUAUGAAGAAGCCUUAUCCAUCAGUCCCACGCACGUGAAGAGCAUGCAGCGACUGGCCCUGAUUCUUCAUCAGCUGGGCCGCUACAGUCUGGCAGAGAAAAUCCUCCGGGAAGCGGUGCAGGUGAACUCAACGGCCCACGAGGUCUGGAACGGGCUGGGCGAGGUCCUUCAAGCUCAGGGCAAUGACGCGGCGGCCACCGAGUGCUUCCUGACAGCCCUGGAGCUGGAGGCCAGCAGCCCCGCCGUGCCCUUCACCAUCAUCCCCCGGGUGCUCUGAGCAGGCCCCUGCCAGCCUCACUGCCGCUCGGGCCCAGGAGGCCCCACCCAGGGCGCCCCGCGCCGAGGCCGUGGCUGAACAUGCGAUUGACCACAGUGAACUCACCAAACAAUCCCGGAUCGUCGCUCUCCCCACGUGCAUUUCUGUUGUUGUUUUGGCCAGCCCAAUGAUAGUUUCCAAGCCCACCGACAUUGUUCAAAAUGGAUUAUGUGCCAUAUUUUGUUAGCUGACAUCCAAGUUUUAAGUAAAACAAUAAUGGAAUGAAUCAGCCAAUGUAGAAGAAUAUAUUCAAAGUUAAAGUUCACUGGCAGAGCAGAUUAUUUUUAUCAGAGCUGUAAAGGAAACUCUCCUCCCCGUCACCACUCCUCCCCCAACCUCGGCCGGGAAACCAAAUGUGAAUUUUCUGGUUCCCACCUCAGUCCUAGUCCAAGCCAGGACACCAGCUGACAGUUUCUCGAUUUUGUUGUCAGUAACUGUACCAUGUGAUGAAUUCCUCUCCUCACUUAGAACAAAGCCUGAGUCCGAGAAUAUUUAUAUUUCACCAAUAUAUGCCUGUUACAAGAGAAGGGAAUAGGAGCUAUUUAAGUUUAACUUUUUUAUGUGAAUUCAGAGUUUAUUUAUCGAUGGAAAUAUGUACAAAGAAGCUUCAAAUGGAAUAUUUACCGACAUUCCUUAUACAUGACAGACACUUGGCUAAAUGGGAAGAUGAUGUUAAUAAUAAAAUGAUUUUUAAAUGGA